GCCAUUUGUAAGGUAAAUGUUGAUCGACAACUGCUUAGGGUGGUGAAGCGCAAGCGAAACAUAUUUUUAUAAAUAGUGCACCUGUAUGUACUGUCUGUGUGUUCAAAACAAACAUCAUUAUUAUGUACGAUAAUGAAGAUGAUCAGUAUGAAGAAGAAGACGUUGAGGAAAUAUCUUCGGAAUUGUGGCAAGAAGCGUGUUGGAUUGUCAUCAACGCUUACUUCGAUGAAAAAGGUUUGGUGCGGCAGCAGUUGGAUAGUUUUGAUGAAUUCAUACAGAUGUCUGUGCAGCGAAUAGUCGAAGAUUCACCACCCAUAGACCUACAAGCUGAAGCUCAACAUUCAUCAGGUGAAAUCGAGGUCCCACCGCGAUAUCUUCUCAAAUUUGACCAAAUUUACUUGUCUAAACCUACUCACUGGGAAAAAGAUGGUGCACCAUCUCCUAUGAUGCCCAAUGAAGCACGCUUAAGAAAUCUAACAUACUCUGCACCUCUUUAUGUUGAUAUAACAAAAACUAUUGUGAAAGUAAAUGAAGAUCCAAUUGAAACCCAACAUCAAAAAACAUUCAUUGGAAAAAUUCCCAUUAUGCUUCGAUCUACUUAUUGCUUACUAAGCAACUUGACUGACAGAGAUUUAACAGAAUUGAAUGAAUGUCCUCUAGAUCCUGGUGGUUACUUUAUUAUAAAUGGCUCUGAAAAAGUAUUGAUUGCCCAAGAAAAGAUGGCCACUAAUACUGUCUAUGUAUUUAGCAUGAAAGAUGGAAAAUAUGCUUACAAAACUGAAAUAAGAUCUUGUUUGGAGCACAGUUCGAGACCUACAUCAACUUUAUGGGUAAACAUGAUGGCUAGGGGAGGACAAAGUAUUAAAAAAUCUGCUAUUGGUCAGAGAAUUAUAGCUAUUGUUCCUUAUAUUAAACAAGAAAUCCCCAUCAUGAUUGUCUUCCGAGCUCUUGGUUUUGUAGCAGAUAGAGAUAUAUUGGAGCAUAUUAUUUAUGAUUUUGAUGAUCCUGAAAUGAUGGAGAUGGUAAAACCAUCUCUUGAUGAAGCUUUUGUUAUUCAAGAGCAGAAUGUAGCUCUCAAUUUUAUUGGAGCCCGUGGUGCAAGACCAGGUGUCACUAAGGAAAAAAGAAUUAAAUAUGCAAGAGAAAUCUUACAAAAAGAAAUGUUACCACAUGUGGGAGUUUCUGAUUUUUGUGAAACGAAAAAGACUUACUUUUUAGGUUACAUGGUACACAGAUUACUACUUGCUGCAUUAGGACGCCGUGAAUUAGAUGACAGAGAUCACUAUGGCAAUAAGAGACUUGAUUUGGCUGGACCUUUAUUAGCUUUUCUCUUUAGAGGACUGUUCAAAAAUUUGCUGAAAGAAGUUAGAAUGUAUGCACAAAAGUUUAUUGAUAGAGGAAAAGACUUUAAUUUAGAGUUGGCCAUCAAGACGAAAAUUAUUACAGAUGGUCUUAGAUAUUCCCUGGCUACUGGCAACUGGGGAGAUCAGAAGAAAGCUCAUCAAGCUAGAGCUGGUGUAUCUCAAGUAUUAAAUAGAUUGACUUUUGCUUCAACCUUAUCACAUUUACGUCGUGUUAACUCUCCCAUUGGGCGUGAUGGAAAAUUAGCUAAGCCACGUCAAUUACAUAACACAUUGUGGGGAAUGAUUUGUCCGGCUGAGACACCCGAAGGUGCUGCAGUAGGCCUUGUAAAGAAUUUAGCUUUGAUGGCUUAUAUAUCUGUCGGAAGUCAACCAUCUCCAAUUUUAGAGUUUUUGGAGGAAUGGUCAAUGGAAAAUUUGGAGGAAAUAGCACCAUCUGCAAUUGCUGAUGCUACUAAAAUAUUUGUAAAUGGUUGUUGGGUAGGAAUUCACCGUGACCCAGAACAGUUGAUGGCUACUUUACGUAAACUUAGACGCCAAAUGGACAUCAUUGUAUCAGAAGUAAGUAUGAUUCGUGAUAUUAGGGACAGAGAAAUCAGGAUUUACACAGAUGCAGGGCGUAUUUGUCGUCCAUUAUUGAUUGUUGAAAAUGGGGCUUUGUUAUUGAAAAAGAAACAUAUUGACAAUCUUAAAGAAAGGGAUUACAAUAAUUAUGGGUGGCAGAAUUUAGUAGCAAGUGGUGUAGUGGAAUACAUUGAUACCUUGGAAGAAGAAACUGUAAUGAUUGCCAUGAGCCCUGAUGAUUUAGCACAGAACAAAGAGUAUGCCUAUUGUACCACCUAUACACAUUGUGAAAUUCAUCCUGCUAUGAUAUUAGGUGUUUGUGCUUCAAUUAUUCCAUUCCCUGAUCACAAUCAAAGCCCCAGAAAUACCUAUCAAAGUGCUAUGGGUAAACAAGCCAUGGGAGUUUACAUAACCAACUUCCAUGUAAGAAUGGACACUCUUGCUCAUGUACUGUAUUAUCCUCACAAGCCUCUUGUUACUACUCGUUCAAUGGAAUAUUUAAGGUUCAGAGAAUUACCUGCUGGCAUUAACUCAAUAGUUGCUAUUUUAUGUUACACUGGAUAUAAUCAAGAAGACAGUGUCAUUUUGAAUGCUUCAGCAGUUGAGAGAGGUUUCUUCCGGUCUGUAUUUUACCGUUCAUACAAAGAUUCGGAAUCUAAAAGAAUUGGAGAUCAAGAAGAACAAUUUGAGAAACCAACAAGACAAACUUGUCAAGGUAUGAGAAAUGCUUUAUAUGACAAACUGGAUGACGAUGGUAUAAUCGCUCCAGGGAUUCGUGUGUCUGGUGAUGAUGUAGUAAUAGGCAAAACAAUCACUUUGCCAGAAAAUGAUGAUGAGCUUGAAGGGACAUCCAGACGAUACAGUAAGAGAGAUGCCUCUACUUUCUUACGUAACAGUGAGACUGGUAUUGUUGAUCAAGUUAUGCUGACACUAAAUAGCGAGGGUUACAAAUUCUGUAAAAUUCGUGUGAGAUCUGUUCGUAUUCCACAAAUUGGUGACAAAUUUGCUUCCCGCCAUGGUCAAAAAGGUACCUGUGGUAUUCAAUACAGACAAGAAGAUAUGCCUUUUACUUGUGAAGGCUUAACUCCAGACAUUAUCAUCAAUCCCCAUGCUAUCCCAUCCCGUAUGACAAUUGGUCACUUGAUUGAAUGUAUUCAAGGGAAGGUAUCAUCAAACAAAGGUGAAAUUGGUGAUGCUACUCCAUUUAAUGAUGCAGUAAACGUGCAAAAAAUCUCAUCACUGUUACAAGAAUAUGGCUAUCAUUUACGUGGCAAUGAAGUUAUGUAUAAUGGGCAUACAGGCAGAAAGAUUAACGCUCAAGUAUUUCUUGGCCCGACAUAUUAUCAACGUCUAAAACAUAUGGUAGAUGACAAAAUUCACUCCAGAGCUAGAGGGCCAGUGCAGAUUUUGGUUCGUCAACCUAUGGAGGGCAGGGCCAGGGAUGGCGGACUACGUUUCGGUGAGAUGGAACGUGAUUGCCAAAUUGCUCAUGGUGCUGCCCAAUUUCUGCGAGAAAGACUGUUUGAAGUCUCAGAUCCUUACAGAAUACAUGUUUGUAAUUUCUGCGGAUUGAUAGCAAUAGCCAACCUGAGAAAUAAUACAUUUGAAUGCAAAGGCUGUAAAAACAAAACUCAAAUAUCUCAAAUUCGUCUCCCAUAUGCUGCAAAAUUACUAUUCCAGGAAUUAAUGUCUAUGAAUAUCGCGCCAAGAUUAAUGGUAGUGAGUUAAGUAUAAUUUCUUUAUUAUAAUGUAUUGUGUUAGCUGUAGUUAUGAUUAUUUCAUUUUUUGGUUCAAAUCAAUAAAAUUUUCAAACACUU